AUGGCAGGGAGGCAUAGGAAGCGCAUGGCUACGCAUUGCCAGGAAGCGGGAAGGCCUGGGCUGCAGCAGGGAGGGCCUAGGCCGUGGUGGAGAGGCCUGGGCCGCGCGUUGCCAGGCAGUGGGGAGGCCAAGGCUGUGGUGGAGAAGCCUCAGGCGUGGCGGGGAGGGCCUGGGCCGCACAUUGCGAGGCAGCGGGGAGGCCUAGGCCGCGGUGGGGAAGCCUGGGCCGCACAUUGCGAGGCAGCGGGCAGGCCUAGGCCGCGGUGGGGGAAGCCUGGGCCGCGCGUUGCUAGGCAGCGGGGAGGCCUAGGCCGCGCGUUGCUAGGCGACGGCGCGGCGCGCAGGACACGCGUCACUUCCGGCGCGCCGCCGGCGGUGCGGCCAUGGCGGGACAGGGCGCCGCAGGUGUUCCCGUCGCCGCGGGAGCUGGGCCCGGCGCUAGCGGGACUGGUGGCCCAGCGGGCGGCGGACGCGGCCGAGCGCUUCGCGCUGGGGCUGUCCGGGGGCAGCCUGGUGGAGCUCCUGGCCCGGGAGCUGCCCGCCGCGCUGGCCGCCGCCCCCCCCCGCCGCCCCUGGCUGCUGGCGCUCUGCGACGAGCGGCUGGUGCCGCCCGGGCACCCCGACAGCACCGGCGGCGCCUACGAGGCCCAGCUGCUGCCGCGCCUGCCCACGCCCCCGCCGCGGAUGCUGGCCCCGCGCCCCGGGCUGCGCCCCGCCGCCGCCGCCGCCGCCUACGCCGAGCAGCUGCACCAGGCGUUCCCCGGCCAAGCCGUCCCAGUCUUCGACCUGCUGGUGCUGGGAGUGGGCCCGGACGGACACACCUGCUCGCUCUUCCCCGACCACCCCCCUGCUCCAGAGCAAGGAAAAAUCGUGGCUGCUAUCACUGACUCGCCGAAGCCACCGCCGGAACGAGUCACACUGACCCUGCCCGUGCUGAACGCUGCACGGAUGGUGGUCUUUGUGGCCACGGGGGAAGGCAAAGCUGCUGUUGUAAAGCGCAUUUUGGAAGGUGAUGAGGAAAACCCCCUUCCCGCGGCGCGUGUCCGGCCUGGCUCCGGCCAGCUGUGCUGGUUCCUGGACGAGGCAGCGGCCAAGGAGCUGACCAUACCCCUCGACAAACAUCCUGGCUAGAGCUGGCUGCCGGCCAGGGCAUCCCGUGGCACCGCACCAUUCCAGGCAGAGAACACUCCAUUCCAGCGUAGCGCUCUGCUGCAGUGCGAAAUGCACUUUUUUUUAUCCAUUCCCUCUUUUUUUCUGGAGCAAACGGGCUUUGCCCAGCACGGAGUUCCACAUAGUAAUUCCUUCGGUUCAGCGGGUGGAACCGCAGCUUGCUUCAGUGGCCGUGACGCAGUAUCAAAUGGGCAGAUUUCA